AUGUCUCUGAGUGUUUAUGAUGAUGUGAUUGGAUCUGAGGAGAUGAACAGAGGAGAUACAGUGGAGAUGGUGGAGGAUAUCUACGAGAGUGCAGACGCUGUUAGAGGUCAUGACCCCAACACAGAGAUGGAGGACACCAACACAAUGAGGAUCCUGAAGACACAACAAGCAGAUAAAGCAGUUAGAGACGGGUGGAUCUACUUCAGCUCCAGUCUUUACUACAUCUCUACUGAGGAGAAGAGCUGGACUGAGAGCAGAAACGACUGCAGAAAGAGAGGAGCAGACCUGGUGAUCAUCAACAGCAGAGAAGAACAGGACUUCAUUAACACAUUGAGAAAAGAUCAGUGGGUUUGGAUUGGUCUGAGUGACGGUGAAAGAGAGGGGGUCUGGAAAUGGGUGGACGGAUCAGAACUGAUCACUGGGUUCUGGAGACCUGGAGAACCCAACAGUUUGGGAGAGGAGGACUGUGCUAUAACUGACAUUAGUUCUGAUCCUGUGAAUACCUGGAAUGAUUAUCCCUGUAAUCGUCAGUUGGUUUGGAUCUGUGAAAUGAGAAUAUAA